CCCUCCCGCGGCCCUUUGCGAACUCCAGCUCUCGAUCGAUCUAGGGUUUCGUUUCCGCCCCAAUUCUCUUAUUUGUAGGUCUCUUGGAUCCCUGAAUCGCGCGGCCCAGCUCCUUCCUUGGAGUCCCGCGACCACUAAGCGAUAAGGAUAGGGCUGCCGGAAUCUCCCGGGGGAUGGAGAUGGAGAGCUCCCGCAGAUCCGCCAUGGAUCGCUCCCGAGAGCCUGGCUCGAAGCGGCCUCGAUUGGUGGCGGAGGACGCGGUGGUGAGGGACCGCGCCGCCUUCGACCGGGACCGCCUGAUCCCUCCAGCCAGGGCCGGUAACCAGCCGUUGGUUUCUAGGUUGCCUAGGGCUCGCGAGAGGCAGGAAAGGGACGAUGCUGCUGCGCCAGUAGGAUCGCAUCAAGAGCUCGUGUCACAGUACAGGACGGCCCUUGCCGAACUAACUUUCAAUUCAAAGCCUAUCAUCACCAAUCUGACCAUUAUUGCCGGAGAGAGUCUUCACGCCGCGAAGGAAAUUGCCGCGGUCAUCUGCGCCAAUGUCCUCGAGGUGGCCACUGAACAAAAGUUACCUUCCCUGUAUCUCCUAGAUAGUAUCGUGAAGAAUAUUGGAAGAGAUUAUAUCAGAUAUUUCGCUUCAAGGCUACCUGAGGUAUUCUGCAAGGCCUAUAAACAGGUUGAUUCUUCUAUUCGUCCUAGUAUGAGACAUCUUUUUGGGACAUGGAGAGGAGUGUUCCCCCCUGCCUCACUUCAGUUAAUUGAAAAAGAACUUGGUUUCCCACCGGUUAUCAAUGUUUCAUCUGGAUCUGUAUCAUCAAAACUUGAUUCCCAACCACAACGUCCAGCCCACAGCAUUCAUGUAAAUCCAAAAUACUUGGAGGCAAGGCAGAAACUGCAUUCCUCAAGGGCCAAGGACAUAAGCAAUGAUGAGGUCAGUGGUGUGGUUAGUACUUUUGAUGAUGCAGAGAGUUCUGACAAAAUUGUUAUGGCAGGAAAAUCAAGGCAGUGGACAAAUCUGCCUACUAAGAUGCCUAAUAUGCAACAUUCACAACGGGUAACAGUAAACAAUGUGAUUAAUGAGAAAAAAGGACUUAAAGAUGCUAGAGAUCAUGAAUAUUCUUCUGAUAUUUCACGAGAGGCAGACCUUGGCAUUCCAAGGGUCAGCGAGAGGCUCAAAGACCAAGAUGGGCAUGGCAAACCAUAUUAUGGCGUUGGUAUUACUGCUACUCAGGCACAAUUAAGCGAAAGGAAUGGUUUUGAUGUCAAUCAUUCUUAUGGAACCUAUGGGAAAUCUGGACCUAUGCGAGCUAAUAGCCAGCAAACUUCAGUUUGUGAUACAGAUAGAAUGAAAUUGGAAUCAUCUAGAAGUUGGAAGAACUCUGAGGAGGAAGAAUAUAUGUGGGAUGACAUAAAAACCCGACCAACAGAUUAUGGAGGUACCAACAACUCAAUCAAAGGUGGAUGGACUAGUGGCAAUGCUGACAAGUCCGCUAGCCUGCAAAGAGGAAAGUGGAUCCCUCUGGAGACUGAACAUGCAAAAACUAACUUGAACACAGUUGAUGCCUUCUCUCACUUAGUGGAGACGUCUAAAACCGAAAGCAGAAUUCCACUUUUUAAGGACUUUGGUGAGCACAUUUUGCCAUCUCGUGCCAAGCAUGAGACUGAUUCGGUGUUAAAGACCUCUUCAAAUUCACUAUUACAACAAAGGGCUUCAUCAGAAAAUUCCUCAUCCUUCUGGUCUCGCCGUGAUGUACCAGCAUCAGAGGUUGGAAUAAAUGACAAAAGCUCAAGAGUUGGUCAACAAUUAAUCCCUUCUGGUGGUGGUUUAUCUACACAUGAUAAUUCAUCUUUGCCUCUGCCUGGGCUGCAAUCUUCUGUGCUAUCUUCAAGAUUGAGCCCUCACGCUAAUACCCCAGUGCCAGGUGCAACUUCUGAACAGCAAAGGCAGCAUCUUUCACAGCCUCCUCUAUCGCUGUCUUCUCAUUUACCUCCUCCAGAACCCAUUCAACAUCUAAAGCCACACGACUUAACGGAUCAAAAUCUUCUGUUGUUUAAUUCAUUAUCUCAAGUGGGUCGGAAGCCUUUACAGCCGGUAGGGUCCCUGGAUAUCUUUCCAGUGAAGAAUCGUGCUCAGCCAUUUGAUAGUUUAUCAGGCUCAAUAGAGUCCCAAUCAGAUACUUAUCAGCAGCUUGAAGGCUUACUUGAUUCUGCUACUUCAGCAUCCUUAAAUCAUCUUCCUUUGAUAAAGCAAUCACGACAUAAUCUAUCCCAACAACAGGCAGAAACUCAGCCUUUGUCUCGAACUGAAGCCCAGACCCAACCUUCCCUUAAGAUCAAAACCCAGUCUCAACCUUCCCAUCAAACUGAGAAACUGCCACCUCUGCCCAUGGAUCUUGGAAUUCAUCAGACUGGAAAAGACUCUGGCAGAAGCAUGAGCCAUGCAAAUAAUCCUGUUGUUGAAGCCUCAAGUCAGUCUAGCACAAGUAGUUUGUUGGCUGCUAUCAUGAAUAGCGGUCUAUUUUCGAAUAAUUCAGUCAGCAACUUCCAGAAGAUGAGUGUACAACCUCCUUUGCCAGUUGGACCUCCUCCUGUCCAGGUUUUCACAUCAGCUGCUCCUUUAAGUACUCCCUUAACAUUUACACCUGCUUUUUCCCUUGGGAGCAUACCAGAUUUAAAACCACCACAUUCAGGAGAUGUGGUACCUCCUCUACCACCUGGGCCUCCGCCUUCCUCAUCCUCGGUUGAUGUUAAUUCAGAGAACUCCAAGACGUCUGGGCCCACUCUGAGUCCACUUUCUGGUAUUCUGAGUUCAUUAGUUGCAAAAGGUUUAAUAGCCUCACCACCAACCGUGUUGACAACUACAUCCGCAGCUCAGCUGCCUGAUAAGGUCCGAGAUCAAUGCACUAACAAUAGUUUAGAGCAAGUUUCUUUAAGCUUGACUACCCCAGGUGUUGCUCCACCUUUGGAAGACCAGCCUGCUGCAUCAGUAUCCACUGCAAGUGCUGGACUAGUACAAUCCAGUGCAACUGAAUUGAAGGAGCAUUUAGGCACUGAGUUCAAAUCUGAAAUCAUUCGUGGAUCUCAUCCUUCAGUUGUCAGAAGCCUAUUUGAUGAUCUAAAGCUUCAAUGCCACAAAUGUGGUCUAAGGUUCAGACUCCAGGAGCAGCUCCAAUGGCAUUUAGAUUGGCAUGUCUCCAAGGAGUCUGAAACAAGUAAUUUUAACGGAAGGUCUAGAAAAUGGUUUUCAGACAUGAGAUAUCAGCAAUCUUCCUCAGAGGUGGCAAUAUCGCUGGAGGAAGUUGGUUCAUCUGAAAAGGAUUCUGAACUGAUGGUUCCUGCUGAUGAGAGCCAAAGCAUAUGUGCAUUAUGCGGAGAACCAUUUGAAGAUGUUUACUCUGAAGUACGGGAUGAAUGGAUGUAUAAAGGGACUGUUUAUUUGGAUCUAUCAAAGAAGCAAGACGAUGCAAGCAACACGAACGGCACUCCUGGCCAGCUUCUGAUUGUGCAUGCUCACUGUAUGUCACAGAGGUUUUGCCAAAACAUGGAUGUCGCCGAGCAUGAUAAAGUGGACCAAACACAUGUGCCAAUUGGACUAUUUUGAACUCAAAUUGGUUGUUCUUGGUUCUGUUGAUAUUGACGCAUUUGCUCUUUCUGCUCGGGCAUAUCCUUCAGCAGUUACGACAAUGCUAACAGGAUGACAUGCUGCAUUCUUCAUGCUAGAAUCGCUCCCUCGGUGUUGCACUGAUUGGAAAAGCUCUCCAACAGCGGAGGUGGUGGUGCCGAUACAGACGUGUAAAGGGAAAAACAAAUACCAGCUUCACACUUCAUUUGCAAGUCACUGGAAGCAGAUCAUCCCCAUUUGAGGGAUCAUGCCAAACACCAUCCUCGUGCCGUCACAGCUCUUGUUAUAGUGCAUUAAAAUUAGCAAUUCACGGUAUUUCUAUUCGUCUGUGAUCCCUGUCUUACCGAGAAUUUUGACGAGAGAAAUGGGAUUUUUCUCUUUCCCUUCUGUGUUGGUAGCCUGUUUGCCUCUCUGCAUGUAAAUCUCCUUCAAGCGGAUUACACUUACGAUUGCGUUCAUCAGUAUACUAUGCUUUGUCAUGGAA